AGAGAGAGAAAGAGGGAAGCACCAGCGUCAAACCAACGGACUGGAGGUAUUACGCAGCAGAGUCAGCACCUUGGACAGCACCAGCAGAACCAGAAAAAACAGAAAAGCGCAUCUGAAAACAGCCAAACUACAUGUGUAAAGCAAUGUCCCAGCGGACCGGUCCCCAGCUGCUGCUCCUUAUAGCCCUGUGCAGUGUGUUCUACUCCCGCACCUUGAGUCUCCCGUACGCGUCUAUGAGACCGACCAGACACGCAGACGGCUUGUUCACCAGUGGAUACAGUAAACUUCUGGGGCAGAUGUCAGCGCGGAGAUAUCUGGAAUCUCUCAUCGGGAAAAGGGUCAGUGAUGAGCUUUUGGAGGAGCCAGUGAAGCGCCACACAGACGCCAUCUUCACAGACAACUAUAGUCGCUUUCGCAAACAGAUGGCUGUCAAGAAAUACUUGAACUCAGUCUUAACUGGCAAAAGGAGCCUAGAAGACCCAGUCAGCAGUGACUCCGAUGAAUCCAGGGGCGAACCCACAGCCUUCCAGGAGAGCUACGACGACCUUAACGUAGACCACUUCAUCAACAACUUCAACCUGCCACUUUGAGAGGACGUCCAUGUACAUACCUCAAGCCAUCCUCAUGAAUCUUUAUCAUAGCAAAAGCAACGAGAAACCCUGAGGGACAUCCGGAAACUGAAUCAAGCGGCGAUGUUGUGUGCUAACGUGAUUAACCUUUCUGCUGUAUUCACUCUACAUACCUGUUCAGACAGACAAAUUAUUAUUGAAAAUGACCGGUGUGUCGUUGAGCACCGCACGAUCGAGUCACCCACCAGACCUGCACCGAGAAAAAACACCGGGUUUACAGAUAUAUCACACAUCAGACGGUUCAAAACGUUAAUAUUUCUGUUAUUCACAUUAUUAAUUAUGUAGAAUGAAUUGUGCUUUGUGUCUUCCCCUUACAUUUGCAAACCUGGACACUUGGAUUUAAUAAUAAUUCUCUCAAAACGAUGCUUCCACUAAACUUACACAUACAUCUGAUUCAAAAACCAGUCGUUUUACUCAAUUUGGGUUGUAAUUUUAGAGUCUAGCACUUGAAAAAUACUACUUCUGAGACAUAGUGAAAGACGGAAUAAAACAAAACUGACUAUUAAGAGUACACGUUAACCCAGCUGAUUUGAAAACCCAUCAUAAAUACACAAAAAAUACACCAGAUUAUCCGUAGAAAUGGCCCUGGAACAAGUGGAAAAAAACCUGUCUGGAAUCACAACGACUUGAAAAGCAGAUCGUUUCGUAAAAUGCUGGUUAAAUUCUGUCAAAGUUGUGUUGGUGUGUUGUGGGAGCAUGACGGGGGAGCACAUUUUGAAGAUGCAUUUAAUCACUUUAUACUGUAAACUAUAUCUGUGCAUACACCCGAGCGCGUAUACGACGAUGUCCACUACCUAAGAAAUAAAAG